AUGGAUAGGGUGACGACUGUAUUACGACAAGGAGCAACACAGCUCCGUGCUUGUCUGUACAAACCAAGUAUUUCCAGACAAACGUUGCAGAGGGUGGCCACUAUACUAAUCUUCUUCAUCUUUUUUUCUACCAUCUUCCAUUUUCGCGAUACUCCUCCGCCGAUAUCAAUAUCAAUCUCACGGAAGACGCAGCAUCCCCGAGAUGCUGCCGCCAAUGCCACGCUGGGAUUUGAAAAAAUCCUUGCAGUCUCUCUUAAACCAAGCUGGCGCACACGCGGACUCCUCGCUGCUGCAGGCCAUACGGGUCUCUCCAUAACAAUUCCCGAACAGCCCUACAACACCAAAGCCCUCAUCGACGCAUUCGGGGACCUAGGGUCCUCAGACGAGAAGAUUAAGAGGCCGGGCGUAGGGUCGGCACGCGCAUGGCUGGCUCAUCUGGACAUGAUGAAGUACGUCAUUUCCUCAGGCUUGUCCACAGCAUUCAUCAUUGAGGACGAUGUCGACUGGGACGUACGUAUCCAUUCUCAGAUGAAGCUCGUCUCAGACGCUGUCCGUAACUUCACCCUGGCUUCAGGAGAAGACAACCUCGCCCCCUUUGGCAACGCAUGGGAAGUCCUAUGGCUCGGACACUGCGGCGAGAUCUCGGAACGCGACCGUCCCAAACUCACCUAUUUCGAUGAGACCCGGCCCAAGACAGAACACUACAUGGGAUGGUCCCACAAAUGGCUUGAAAACGAGGAAGCCAGUGUUCCACCCACUCACCGUGCCGUCCAGCGCACACGAAACACCGUCUGCUCAUUCGGAUAUGGAGUUACCCAUCGCGGCGCCAGAAACAUUCUGCGUCAACUUGGUCAAGGUCAAGACGAAGCCUUCGACAUUGCUCUUAUGGCCCAUUGUCGAGAUGGCAAACUAUCGUGUCUGACCGUCUUACCUGAGAUCAUGCAUCAUUAUGAGCCCAAGGAUGGCAGUGGAUACGUCAGUCCAAACAACGAGUUCAACGGCAAGGGCACGUCCGUUGACGAGUCAGAGUUUGAGGGGAUCAUGGGCCACACUGCCAACAUUGUGCGAAGCGCUAGGUGUGAGGCCCUCUGGGGACAAAGGUGUCAAGCCGGGAACGAAUAA